GAAACAGUUUCUAACGGCCCCCAACAGCAUGUAGCCGAAGAGUUGAUUUCGUCCAAACAAUUCGUGUUUUAACUUAAGCUAUUUUAACGGGUUCUUUAACAUUUCAGACCUUUUUUAUAAGCUGUCAGAGAAGCCACUGUUUGCCGGAGAUGGGAGUCCCGGCGUUUUUCCGUUGGCUUAGCCGAAAAUAUGCUUCAAUCAUUGUGCAUUGUGUUGAGGAGAAGGGGAAAGAAUGUAAUGGAGUCCGCAUUCCUGUUGAUACGACGAAGCCAAACCCCAACGAGGUGGAAUUCGACAAUUUGUACUUGGACAUGAACGGGAUCAUUCACCCCUGUACACAUCCAGAGGACAAAGCUGCGCCUAAAAAUGAAGAUGAGAUGAUGGUCGCUAUUUUUGAGUACAUCGACCGCUUGUUCAAUAUCGUGCGGCCCAGGAGAGUUCUCUACAUGGCCAUCGAUGGAGUGGCUCCCCGUGCCAAGAUGAACCAGCAGCGCUCCAGGCGUUUCCGAGCCUCGAAAGAAGGAGCAGAGCUGGUGGAGGAGAAGACUCGCAUCCGAGAGGAGGUCAUCCAGAGAGGAGGUUAUCUUCCACCUGAGCAGAUCAAAGAGAGAUUUGACAGCAACUGCAUCACUCCAGGAACAGAGUUUAUGGAUAACCUGGCUCAGUGUCUCAGAUAUUACGUCGCAGACAGACUCAGCAAUGAUCCAGGCUGGAAGAACGUGACGGUGUUUCUGUCUGAUGCCAGUGUUCGUGAAGGUGAACACAAGAUCAUGGACUACAUCCGGAGACAGAGAGCUCAACCGAACCACGACCCCAACACACACCACUGCCUGUGUGGAGCGGACGCUGAUCUGAUCAUGUUGGGCCUGGCCACCCACGAGCCGAACUUCACCAUCAUCAGGGAGGAGUUCAAACCCAACAAGCCGCGACCGUGCGCCCUCUGUGGACAGGUCGGACACGAGAUCAAAGACUGUCAGGGCACGGCCCGAGAGAAGCAGGGACAGCACGAUGAGUUUGCCGACACGAUGCCGGCGUCCGAGCAGGAGUUCAUAUUCAUCAGACUCUGUGUCCUGCGGGAGUAUUUGGCCCGAGAGCUGACGAUGGCCAGUCUGCCGUUCCCCUUCGACUUCGAGAGGAGCAUAGACGACUGGGUCUUCAUGUGCUUCUUCGUGGGAAACGACUUCUUGCCUCACCUGCCGUCCUUAGAGAUCAGAGAGGGAGCGAUCGAUCGACUCGUCAACAUCUACAAAGACGUUGUGCACAAAACUGGAGGAUACCUGACACACAACGGCUUUGUGGACCUGGAGCGGGUGGAGCUGAUAAUGCAGGCGGUGGGCGUCGCUGAGGACAACAUCUUCAAGAAGCGCAAAGAGGACGACGAAGGCUUCAAGAGAAGAAUGAAAGAUAAGAAGAGGAGGAUGAAGAACGAGCAGCGGGGUCCAGCCUUCAUGACCUCGGGUCAGUUUGCUCCUCAGGCUCUGGGGAGGAGAGGCGGACCCGAGGCCGUCAGCAACGCCCGGCACCAGGCCUUCGACAUGAGGAUGCAAUCCAACAAGGAUGCCGCUCAGUCCCUUAAGGCCUCGAUGAAGAACGGGGGCAAUUCGUCUGCAGGGCCCAGCAGCAGCACAGAUGGUAGGGGCACGAAGAGGAAAGCCGAGGACAGCGACAGCGAGCCGGAGCCUGAGGACAACGUCAGGUUGUGGGAGGAGGGCUGGAAGCAGAGGUACUACAAGACGAAGUUUGACGUGGACGCGACAGACGACGACUUCAGGAAGAAGGUGGUGAAGUCGUACGUGGAGGGACUCUGCUGGGUGCUGCGCUACUACUACCAGGGCUGCGCCUCCUGGAAGUGGUACUUCCCGUUCCACUACGCUCCGUUCGCCUCCGACUUCAAAGACAUCAAAGAGAUGUUCACCGACUUUGAGAAGGAGACCAAACCGUUUAAGCCCCUGGAGCAGCUGAUGGGAGUGUUUCCUGCAGCCAGUGGUAACUUCCUGCCCCCGACAUGGAGGAGUCUGAUGAGCAGCCCGGAAUCUUCCAUCAUCGACUUCUACCCCGACGACUUCGCCAUCGAUCUCAAUGGCAAGAAAUACGCCUGGCAGGGAGUGGCCUUGUUGCCGUUUGUGGACGAGCGCAGACUGUGGGCGGCUCUGGCGGACGUUUACCCCGACCUCACCACUGAGGAACAGAGGAGGAACAGUCUGGGCAGCGACCUGAUGUUUCUCGCCAAGUCUCACCCGCUGUUCGACUUCAUUCACGAGCUCUACCGCACGGAAUCUCACGAGGGCACUGAGAUCCCCGCAGAGCUGUGCCAUGGGAUCCAGGGUUUAUUAAAUCUUGAUGAAAGCCCUAUUCUACCAGAUAAGCUGGUGACGUCACCAAUCCCAACGCUGCGAGACAUUGCACACAACACCGCCAUCGGAGUGAAGUUCAGGGAUCCCGCCUUCGCCAAAGACUUUGUGUUCAAGGCGGUCCUCCUCUCCGGAGCAAAGAUGCCCAACAAGGUCCUGAAGCCCGGGGACUGGGAGAGGGGGAACAGGGAACCAUGGAGACCCCAGCUGGGCUUCAACCAGCACAGACAGCAGGCCCACGUGGACCAGUCCGGCUUCAGAGCUCUGGGUCACAGUAUGAACAGAAACCACCGUGGAGGAGGAGGAGGAGGAGGAGGAAGAGGAGGAGGGGGAGGAGGACAGUAUAGCAACGCCCCCCCGCCAAACACCUACCAAGGAAACUACAGAGCUCCACACAGCGGGGGACACCAGCCUUUCCAACAUUCCAGGCAGAACAGCUUGCUGGGAACGCCUCCAUCCUACCAGCAGCCCCAGUAUCCUCGUCAGCAGCAGCAGCAGCAGCAGCAGCAGUAUGGCGGCGGCGGCAGCGGGGGACACGGCUGGAAUCGAGCCACGCAGGCGCAGGGCUCGGCGUACCAGCAGAACCAGAGCCGCGGGGGGGCGGCACCACCGCAGGGCGGAUACCAGCAGGGGUACGACGACCGGAGAGAUAACCGGGGGCAACACCACCAGGGCUACGGCUCCAGAGGUUACCCGGCCCCCCCUCCCUCCAGGAGAUACAACUGGAACUGAUUUCAUGGUGAAGUCUUUUGGGACUUCGGGACGUUUUUUUAGGAGAGAAAUGUCAGAAUUGUCUUCAUUGUACAAUUUAAUUUGUUGUAUUUCUUUCUUUUUAUCCACACAACAACAAAACGUGUAUUGUGACUUUGUGAUUUUUAAGAUGAACCGUAAACCUUAUGAAAAUACAAGCGUGUCCCGGACAGUCCCGCUGUGGUUCUUCUUUAGGCAGAUCUCUCCAGCAGCUUCAUGUGUUUCAAACGUAACAUAAGCAUGUGAAAUAAAAGAGUAACACCGAUGUGUUCGACAGGAAGUAUCUCACCCAUAAAGGAUUUCCCCUUAAAAUCACCCUUACAUUUUAACUUAAACAGCAAAACCAACUUUAAAUCCUCAAUAUAAUCAAGAUUUCUUUUGUCAGUGAGAAUAGAAGUUGUGUUUGUCUGAAAGGAAUUCUCUUUUCUACAAAGCCAUCUUUCUUUAAAUCACCCGUAACAUUUUAUUAAUUCAACACUUAAACCCUUAAACGCACUUAAAUUAAAAACCACCAAACGCUUUAAUGUUCAUUUGUUUUGUAAUCAGACUCUCAAUAUAAUAGACAUGUAUUUACUAUAUUAUGGUAUGUAGGAUAAAGUCUUCUGACGAGAAUGAUCUCACCCAUGAAGGACUUCCCUUAAAGUCACCCUUACACUUUACCUUAAACAGCAACACCGACUUUAAAUGUCACUUAAUUUAUUAUUAUUCUUAUUCUAUUUUUUAAAAACUAUCAGGUUUUUUUUUGUCUUGUCAGGAAUUGUCUGACCCAUAAAGGACUUUCUGUUUCUUUACAUUCACCCUUACAUUUGACUUUAUGAAACUAUUUAACCUGGCAUUGGUUCAUGGUUUCAUUUCCAAAUUUAAAAAGUGGAUAUUUCAGAAUUAAAUGCAGAACAUUUGAAUCAUU